AAUUUACUUAUGUUUCAUAUUUUCAAAUGUUAUAAAACAUAACUGAAAAUGGUAAAUACUGCUCCAUCUCCUUUCGAUGUUUUGGAUUUUCAAUUCAAAUUACAUUGCCGUCUAAAUAUAUUUGAAACAGACAGUGAUGAUUCAUUUAGCAAUAUCUGUUCAUUGCUUGCCUGUGCAAGUCGGUAUGGGUUGAUCUUUGUUGGAACCAAGGUUAACAAUUUCCAAGUCAUUCAACAACAGGAUAUAGUUAAUAAUACUGAUAAGGAAUUUAAAAACUACCCAAGAAGAAUUGUGGAGUUACCAGGUGUAGCUCAACAUUUAUCUGUUAAUUGUGAUUGCACAAAACUGAGUGUUGUAGUUGAAAGAGAUGGUUGUGCUACUGCCAUAAUAUAUGAUGUUUUGUCAUUCCUCAAGCAGUCUAUAUUUAUUAUUAAAGAGAUUCGUUUAUCUCCAACACCAAAUGUAAAAGUAUUGCAAACUGAUUGGAAUCCAGCAAUACCAGAUAUUUUUACAGCCUGCAAAAGUGAUGGUUCUUUGGCUGUUUACGAAUUUAAAGGAAAUGCUUUGGACAUCCAUGAAAUUCCAAAUGCUGCUGCAACUACUUGCUUCUGCUGGAGUCCAAAGGGAAAACAAAUUGCAGUUGGUAGUAAAGAUGGGAAGAUUACACAAUAUAAGCCUGAUUUAAAACCAGUGAAAUCUAUAAAUGGUCCAGUGCUUGAUGGGAAUUUUAGCAUCAUUUCAAUGCAAUGGGCUUCGAGUUUUCAAUUUAUAGGUGUUUACAAAAGCACUACUGAUGCCAAUGCAUCUUCAAAAUUAAUUGUUAUUGAUGCUCCAAAAACUGGAAACCCUACAUACACUAAUUAUGAAGAUAUCUGUUAUAGUUAUGGUAAUACCAGACCUUACCAAUUUUAUUUAAUUCUUGAGCAACAUUGGAAUAUUUUAUUUGUCAGUUCUUCUAAUGGAAGUGAGGUUGGUGUUCUUGGAUUAGAUGGAACAAAGUGGAUGCAGUGGUGUCUUGAGGACAGUAGCAGAGCUGAAUUACCUUUAUCUAAUAAGAGGCAAGAAACGUACUCUAUCGGUUUCGCUAUUAACACCGGAUAUACUAAAACAAUCGUAAGCGGUGAUACAACGCUGCCGCCUGCUCCAGCAUUAUUGAUUUUGUCUAAUCAUGGCGUACUCUGUUGCUUUGAUAUAUUAAACAUGAAAGCCAAUGCUCCAUCGGUGUGUUCACCUCCUGAAUCUAUUACAGAUAAAUCUGGUUUAAAUCAGUUUGUUACUGUGGAAAAGAUUAAUCCAAUUCCAGCAGAAGUUCAAAAACCUGUUGUUUCAAGCAAUCCAGUCUUACCAUCAGUUGCUACUAAGCCUUCAUUGUCAAACCAACCAUUAAAUAAUGUCCCUGCCUGGCAAGGAUCUGUACAAAAUGUUACAACUACAAAGGCGGCUACAGUUCACCCAUCAUUAUCCAUUAAUCUGUUUAGUAAGCCAGAAACGCCCAAAGUUAUGGAACAGAAAACGGUACAUGUCAAACCCCAGGAACCUGCAGUUGUAGUAAAACCUGAUUUAAAAUCACCUGAUAUUGACAAUAUAAAUACAACAAAUAUAAAUGAUAGAAUUCCGAUUAAUAUUGAGACCGAAUUAAUGAUUGCAAAAUUGGUCAGGGAAGAAUGUCUGGCUUUAGAAUUGGAAUUGAAAGCUGUUUUAUAUCAAGGGAAAAAAAUAAAAAUUGAAAUUGGUAACGAUAAUGAAGCAUCUAAUAUGGCUGAGAAAGCUGGAAAGCUUGAGGAAUUUGUAAAAGCAGUCAAAGAAACUUCCCAAAGUCAAGCGGCAGAAAUACAUGCAUUAAAACAAAGUCUUAUUCAAGCUUGGGCUUGGUACGAAGAAGCGCGUUCAAGAUAUACCAAUGGUAGAGACCCAUCACUUCUCGCUUUACAAAAGACGAAAAAAAUACGAAUGCCUACGAUGGAAACGAUUUAUCAAUCAAUGGUAAAACAAACUGGAACAUUACAGAAACAGAGAUAUAUUUUGAAGGAUAUUUCUAGCCGUAUAAAUUCAUACAGGAAGAUUAAUAUGGGGAGUAAAAUUUUAAUUUCUAAUGAAAUAGAUAACGUUGCAGAAGAAUUGAAUAAACUGCAGGUUGAUAGUAUAGCUUCAUCUGGUAUUAAUGCGAAAUUGUAUGAGAGACAAUCAAAGUUGACGACUGAGAAAUCGGCAAAAUUAUUUAAGUUUUUGAAUAAACGAAAUGCCACUCAUGUUGCUGUCAGUAAACCAACAUUGAAUAAUUCUACAAUACAUUUGAAUUCACUUUUGCAACCAGCUACACCGAAUAUAAAACAUGAACAACCAUUAGCUGAGCCGCUAUCGCCAAUAGCGCACACCAAGAAAAUCUUACCACAAAAAAUGGACUUUGUUAUGUCCACACCUAAACCUGUUCCAAUUUCAUCUGCUAGUACACCGUUUGUAAAGGCUGAGGAGCAUGCAAAGAACAUGCCCGCGCAAGUGGCUUCUGCAUUGCCAAAGUUUAAUAUAACUACAGAUGUUUUUAAAAACACAGCAUCAAGGCCCAUUGAUAAUACUACAAAUGCUGCAACAACUACGUACAACCCACCGAUAUUUGGAGCCGUGAAAACUACAACUUCCGGUUUUAGUUUUUCAAGUAAAACUAUUAGUACAAGUGCAACACCUACAGAAUCUGGAAAAGCAAUGCCCGUAUCUAAGCCAAUACAAUCGACUGCAGCAGCAACUCCAAACUCAUUUAGUUUUUCUUCAAUAUUUGGCUCUACUGCAGGUACAAAUACUUAUAAAGUUCCUUCUAUUGUAACUACAGCUGGUACUGGAGUUACAGCGAAACCAUCGAUUUCCAUAAUUUCGUCAGGAUUUACGACCAAUGCUCCAUUGAAAAUAUCCGCCAAUAUAACUCCUAUAGAUAAACCAGCUACAUCUACAAUAUCUAACUUUGGGCUCACAAUUACUCCUGUUAGUACCGUGGGAUUACCAUCAAAUGUAUCUAAACCUGUAGUACCCACUACAAAGAGUUUAUUUAUAACGCCAACAACUGGCCAGACAAUUGGAUCUACAAAAGUUGCUUCAACAACUGUGUCUCCAUUUGUUCAAUCACAGAUUAAACCAACUUCUACGGUAGCAUCCACUUCAACCACCGUGUCUACUGGUUCAUUCUUUGGUAGAAGCUAUACUAGUACUGCGAAUACCGCACCAACUACACAAUCAACUGUAACGUCCACCAGCUCUAUUUGGAAUCCAACUCAGAAAACGGCAUUUUCUAAUAUAUUUGGUGGACAACCUACUGCGACAACAUCCGCACCUUUAAUAUCUACCACAUCAUCGAUCUUAGGAUCGCAAGUGGCAACUACCUCAUCAAAUACUGUAGUAUCCUCCGCAACGGGUUCUAUUUUUGGUAGUCAGUCGGCGACUUCCGCAUUUCCAGCAUCUACUACAACGGGUUCUAUUUUUGGUAGUCAGUCGGCGACUUCAGCAUUUCCAUCAUCUACUACAACGGUUGCAAAUGCACCAUCUACCACAACGCCUGCAUCGACAACUACAUCUUCAACCUUAAAUACAAGUGCAUCUACUACAUCUAUAUUUAAAGUAGUUACCACAUCAACGACUUCGCCAUUUGGGACAUCAACAACAAGUUCAUUCGGCGGAGUGCAGACAAGUACAUCUGUGCCAUCAAUAUUUAAAACUGUUUCAAGUACUACCAAUGCAACAUCAAUUGCUGCUACUACAAAUACUACAUCGUUAUUUGGAAAUACUUCACAAUCUACUGGUGGUGCAUUAAAUUUAACUGUUUCCAGUACUACGACAUCAUCUUCUAAUGUUUUUGGUUCACAAAAUACAGUUUUUGGUUCGAAACAGGACUUUGGAACUUCAACCACUACAACAACAGUAACACCGUUUGGAACUACGACAACAACAAGUUCGUCACCUUUUGGAUCAAUUGCCACAAAUGUUACACAGGCAUCUCCCUUUGGUACAACUUCAACAAAUACGUCAAGUGUAUUACCAUUUGGAAACAAAACGACUACAAGCGCAACAACAUUUGGAAACCAGACUACUACGACAGCCGCAUCUCCAUUUGGAAGUCUUACUACAAAUACGACGACUGCCUCACCCUUUGGAGCAUCUACCACUAAUGUGUCCUCUUCAACGACAUUCGGUGCGCAGCCUGUUAGUACAACAUCAGCCUCGCCAUUUGGUACCAAUACCUCUUCCGUAUUUGGAGGUAGCACUAAUCAAUCAGUGUUUGGAGGCACAGAUCCAACCACUACUAGUGCGUCCGUUUUUGCAGGAUUUGGAUCAUCAACUGUAAGUAGUGGCAAUGUAUUUGGAGCAUCAGCUAGUCCUUUUGGAAAUACAACAACUACCACAACUAGUGCAUCUGCAUUUGGAACUACAAGUCCAUUUGGUGCUACAACAUCUGCUUCAACAUUUGGUACUCCUUCGCCAUUCGGCACAACUACUACAAGUGGUUCAAAUACUUUUGGCGCCGCUUCUCCGUUCGGUGCAAAAUCUAGUCCAUUUGGUGCAGGUUCAGCUACGGCCACUGGCUCAGUAUUUGGGCAACCGUCAACAUUUGGAAACAGCGGAGGAUCGAUAUUUGGAGGAAAUGCCACAACUACUGCAAGUGGUGUAUUCGGUGGGACAAGUGGAACAUUUGGUACUACUACUACUACCUCUUCAAGUCCAUUUGGAGGAAGUUCAGUGUUUGGUGCAAAUACAGCCAACACGGGAAGUCCAUUUGGAAGUGCUUCUCCAUUUGGUCAAUCACAAACGCAACAGCAAGGCUUUGGAACCUUUGGCGGAAAUAAACCUGCAACAUUUUCAAGUUCUGGGAGUUUUGGAAAUACAAAUACGAAUUCAUUCAGCUUUAAUAGUUUAAAUAUGGGCGCAACACCAACAACGUCAAGUGGAUUCGGACAGAGCAAUGCAAAUCCAUUCGGCAGAACGAAUGAGCAAAAAUUUCCAGCAUUCAGUUCGGCAAACUUGUUUGGUAAUACUGCGACAACAUCCAGCGGCUCCACAUUUGGUGGUACCUCUCCAUUUAGUAAACCGGCAUUCGGUAAUACUGCAUCUCCUGGUUUUGGUACUCCUCCCGCUUUUGGUCAAAGUAGUGGAUUUGGUGGUGGUGCUGGUUUCGGAACCACGGGCUCAUUCAGUGCCGGCGGCCAGUCUGUGCAGCAAAGUGGAUUUGGAAGUCCAGGUUUUCAGAAAUCACCAAGCAGUGGAGCAUUUGGUAAUCCACCAGCAUUUGGUUCAAGUUCACCUGGAUUUGGUGCUCCACCUUCAUUUGGUAGUUCACCAGCAUUUGGAUCGAGCCCUAGUUUCGGUAGUCCACCUAAAGUAUUUGGAGGAACAUCCACAGGAACCACAGCAAGCACCGGCUUUGGAACUACACAAAAUUCCAAUUUUGGUAACUUGGCGAACCAAAGUACCUUGGGAUUUGGUAAUUUAGCCCAACAAUCAACUGCAUCUCAACCAUCUGGAUUUUCAGGGGGCGGCUCUUCGUUUUCUAGUUGGCGUUAAUUUUUUUUUUAAGGAUUUAUUUGUUUUAUUGUCUUAACAUUUUUUGGAUACAACUUCAAUAAAAA